CACACACACAAAACUGGAGAAGGAAAUAGCAAAACAUUUUGCUGAGAAAACCCCAAAUGGAAUCACAGAGAGUCAGCUACAACUGAAACAACUGAACAACCACCAAUAUGUGAUAUGUAUGUGCGAUAUGUAUACAUAUACACACAUAUUUACAUACAUAUACAUAUAUACAUGCCUAGAGAGAAAGAGAGAGACAAGCAGUGUUUCCCCAUCCAAACCACAUCUAUAGCAAUCCUGAGAACUGGAGUGGGAAGAAUAAGAUGUCCUCUUGUAGACAGGAAAGAGAGAUGAACUAGGAGUCAGGUCGCCUGGGUUCAAGUUGCUGUUGUUGCAACAGGUGCAGUAUCCAAAUCCCUUUCCCCAAAAGGUGACUGGUCCCAAGCUCUGCUUUCUUCUUUGUUUUCUAACUCUUUACUGCUCCAGAGGGUUUAAAAACAGUGGAAGCAUUCUGCUACUGUCUAGCCCUCUACUGGACUCCCUGUGACAUUUGAAAAGAAGUCAAUUUAGGUUCUGAUGUCCAAACCUUCCAAUCAUUUAGAGCUUUCCAGAAGUAAAAUGGGAGGAAACAGGGUCUCUCAAGCAAAGACUGAUUACUUGCAGGGUUUUUGUUUUGUUAAGAGGAUAUACUUGUGCUACAUCCUUGCCUGAGAUGAGUGGCUGAGAAUUACUCCAAAAUCUCCAUCCUUAAGUGGUGCUUGAGCUGGUUCAAGAUAUGACCAGUAGAUGGCAGCAUUGGACUUACCUAUUUCCAAGAGCCUUCCUUUUCUAUUGUUGUUUAACCUUUCUUUUCUCCCUCCCACCCACUCAGAAUUUUCUUGAGUCCUCAGGCAGCCUCCUGACAGGUGUGCAGCCUGGUAAUCCUAGCCUUUGUGCAUUGUUCAGCUUUUAAUUGGCACAUGUGCAAAGCUGGAGGACUGCAGCCCAGGGUAACAGCUGGGGAAGAUUAUUCACAAUCUCCCCAACCUGCUGUGCUUAUCAGCAAAGAAAAUAUUCUGUAAACAGAUGACUAGGGCAGACACUCGAUGCUGCUGGAGCAGGAUUUUUUAAAAAAUGGAUUAGUGUUUGUCAUUAUCUCGAAGAGCUUAUUAAAGGAGCUUUGUCUGGUUUGGGUUAAGUUUAGGGUGUGGCAAAAAUAAAUAAAUAAAAAUUCCAAGAUUUUAAAGCAUAUACUUUAAUAGCCCAGUGAAAGAAACCACCGUACCACCCACCCCACCCAACCCCACCCCCAUCACCGCCUUAUUCUCAUAAUGAGCAGGAAUACAGAUGAAGAAACAAGUAGAGCCAAAUGUGGAUAUAAACUUUAAUGCCUGUGUCUGUGUGGCCUGAUUAAAUUAAGCCCUUUGUCUUCUUUUCUUAAUUUUUAAAAAAUUGAGUAAGCAUUUCUUUUCUCUCCUCCCUUCUUCCCCAACCCCCCUUUCCGGAAAAGAAACAAGAAAAGCAAAACUUUUGUAAUUAAAGGACUCAAGCCCAAGUCUUUGAUUUCAAAUCCAGCACUCUACCCACUCUCUCUGACUCCCUCAAUUGUGAAUGAGACAGUGUACAGCAGACAUCUGGCUCUGCCAAUAGGCUUCCUUAUUUGGGGUCUGAAACUGAGUUGUCUUUUACAGAAUUCUACAUUACGUGAUUGAAAAAAAAAAAGAUAGGGGGCAGCUAGAUGGCACAGUGGAUAAAGCUCUAGCCUCAGAUUCAGGAGGACCUGAGUUCAAAUCCGGCCGCAGACGCUUGACACUAGCUGUGUGACCCUGGGCAAGUCACUUAACCCUCAUUGCCCCGCAAAAAAAGAAAAAGAAAAAAAAAGAUACCAAGAAGAGACUUGAGUACAUUUGAAGCUUCUUGGAUGAGAAAGAAAUAAACAAGGACUGGUAUGGAUUUGAGGUAGCAGUAGCAGGUGAUUCAGUGGAUAGAGCACGCUGGGCCUGGAGCCAUGAAGGCCUGAGUUCAAAUCCAGCCUCACACAAGUCCUAACUGUGUGACCCUCAGCAAGUCACUUAACCUCUGAUUGCCUGACACAAUGGAUCUAAUGGAAAAGGAAAUGGCAAACCACUCUAGUAUCUUUACCAAGAAAACCCCAUAUGGGGUCACAAAGAGUUGGACAUGACUGGAAAACUACUGAACAAUGGAUUGGAGGACUUCUAAAGGGCCUGGUCACUUUUCUGACUUAAGCUUUUAAAUACCAGGAUACUCUACCACCCACCAGAGGCAUUUUUAAACUAUAGUCUGUACAUUUUGGAUGGGGGGGAAAUUGUACAUCUUUAGUUUGACUAGCCUCUUUUUUUCCCCUUUGUAAUCUUGUGAGUUUUAUGCAUUUCAGUACUUCAUCGUGAGGAGGAGAAGAAGGGGUCCGUAGCCAUCCCCAAGACUGCCAGAGGGGUCCAGGGGUACCAAGUGCUUGCUCAGCACUUACUGUGUGCCAAGCACUGUGCAGAUUGGUGUUGUUUUUUUUUUAAUAAAAGUAUUUUAUUAUUUUCCUGUUACAUGUAGAAAUAGUUUUCAACAUUUGUUUAAGAUUUCCAAUUUCAAAUUUUUGUCCCUCCCCCUCUCCCCUGGACAGAAGAUUAAGUUUUUGGGAUGCAAAUCCAAGCAGAAAGAAAAAGCUGGUCCCUGACUUCCAAGGGCUCACAUUCUAAUGAGAAAAAACAACCCACAGAAGAGGUGGCGAAGAAUGAUCCAGAAAAGGUUAAGACUGUCUGCUCUGCAGAGACGCUGCAUUUGGAGUCAGGCUGAAAAGUAGGGUGGGUGUUUAAGAAUUGAGAAGAGCUGUGGGUUUGCCAAGGAAAGAAGGAAAACCUCACUCCCAAGAAGUGGGUGGUAUUAGACAGAUGCUUUGUGAGGAAAGAGCAUCAUCCGUUGGUGCAUUGCCAGGAGUCAGGAGAUGUGCUAUAACCACAAGUCCCUCCUGACUCAGAUGAUCCUGCCGUGUCGAUUUCAUGACAUAUAAGGUAAAAAUAAUUAAUGCCUUCCUUUCAUGGUAAGACUUAUGGAAGUGGAAAUCCUUUUGCAGAAAUUGGUGUUAUCUUUUGUUUACCCCCCCAUCUGCCCUUUACUCCUGUUUGGUUUCUGUGUGUGUGUGUUUUAAAUAGAACUGAGUUUUAUUUAUAAAGUAUUUAUCUAGUUGCAUUGUACAGGACAAUGUUUUCCUUCCCUUCCCUUCUUCCCACCCCUCCUGCUUUUAUGACUUACAGGGAGGCACAUUUUGGGUCAUUGGGAGGGAAGGACUUCCUAGCAGUCUGAGCUAUCAUCCCAAAUGGGAAUGGGGGCCUUGCUCCCCCAGCAGACAGUCAGGCAGCAGCUGCUCUCUCUGAGUACUGAAGCAGAAACUGGAUCACCAUCUGCCAUGGUCUGUGUGUAGGAAGGGAUUUUUUUUCCAUUGGGUGGGAGGCGGAGCUGGGUGACCUCUAAGGGUCCCUUCCAACUCGGAUCGUGUGUCACUUCCCUGCUUAAGAACCUGUCAUGGCUCCCUGGUACAAAGCCAGAGAAAUGUCACCAGCAGUAAGUGCCCGUUCACAGGAGGAAGAGCUCGCUGUGUUUGGGGGAAGGAAGGCUUCAUGGAAGAGCGUGUUCCAUGGGAAACGGAACGAGCAGGCUCUAUGGUGCUAUCGCCCAGACCCUGAACGGCUCUGCAGCCCCCCAGCAUGCAGAGUGUUUGGUGCCUCCUGACUCAGAACAGCUGGAUCCCAUAGAUCCCAAAGAGCUGCUUGAGGAAUGCAGGGCAGUCCUGCACACGCGGCCUCCCCGGUUCCAGAGGGAUUUUGUGGACUUGAGGACGGACUCAACAAGUAGCCACCCACCCAUUAGGGUCAUGCAGUGGAACAUCCUUGCUCAAGCUCUUGGGGAAGGCAAAGAUAACUUUGUACAGUGCCCUGUUGAGGCACUCAAGUGGGAAGAAAGAAAAUGUCUCAUCCUGGAAGAGAUCCUGGCCUACCAGCCAGACAUCCUGUGCCUGCAAGAGGUGGACCACUACUUUGAUACUUUCCAGCCACUCCUCGGCAGACUGGGCUACCAGGGUACCUUCUUUCCAAAGCCAUGGUCACCCUGCCUGGACGUGGAACACAACAAUGGCCCUGAUGGUUGUGCUUUGUUUUCCCUUCAGAACAGAUUCAAGCUGGUCAACAGCACUAAUAUCAGAUUGACUGCCAUGACUCUGAAAACUAACCAGGUAGCCAUAGCCCAGACACUGGAGUGCAAGGAGACUGGGAGACUGUUCUGCAUUGCUGUCACCCACCUGAAAGCACGUACUGGCUGGGAGCGAUUUCGGUCAGCGCAAGGCUGCGACCUCCUCCAGAAACUGCAGAACAUCACCCAGGGAGCCAAGAUCCCACUUAUCGUCUGCGGGGACUUUAAUGCAGAGCCCACAGAGGAAGUCUACAAACAUUUUGCCUCCUCCAGCCUAAAUCUGAACAGUGCCUAUAAACUGCUGAGUGCAGAUGGACAGUCUGAACCACCAUACACGACCUGGAAGAUCCGGACAUCUGGGGAGUGCCGGCACACACUGGAUUAUAUCUGGUAUUCCAAGCAUGCUUUAAAUGUGCGGUCAGCUCUUGGCUUACUCACCGAGGAACAGAUUGGACCCAACCGGCUCCCAUCCUUCAAUUACCCUUCCGACCACCUGUCUCUAGUGUGUGACUUCAACUUCAGUGAAGACCAGAACCGGCUUUUAUAGCUUGUCUGGAGCUCAAUUUAUAGUCACAGAAGUCGUAACUAGGGGAAUGGAAAUAAUAAGUUGCCUGAAGAAGGAUUCACUGUUUCUCAGCCUACCUUUCUGGCAUGGCCUUUGGGGAGGGAAAAAAACACAAUUUCACAACCUUUUUCAUUAAAGUCGCUAUCAAAAAAAGGUGUGUGUACCCCAGUUUUGGCUUAUGGUGUUUUUCUCUCCCCUUAGCAUUAGCUUUUGAUGAAGUAAGUGAACCAUGUCAUUUAUUUGGAACCUUUUUCCUUCCUGAGGACUUGGUGCCAAUGUGGACUUGCUUCAGUCCUCCCUAACUGAGGGUGGGUGUACAUAUAAAUCAUCAGGACAGCACUCCUAUUUUUAUUUAUUUAUGGCAUUUAAAAAGACAUAAACAGGAAAGGACUGUGCAUGGCCACAUUAUUUAUUUUUUUUAACAUUGCACUGUAAAUGACAUGAGCAAACAUUUAGAAACUUAGCAUGAGAGAACCAUACAGGAUGUUGUGGAGCCAGUAAAGGUUUCAUGGCAUCCUUCUUAAAAGAGUUGAAACAUUUUUACAUUUAGUCUUUCUGAUAGAACAGUGCUGAUACAACAGGUUUAGAAGAGAACAUUUGCCCAAGGGUUGUCUUUGUUUUCAAGUGGAAGAGCCAUAUCACAUGGGGAGCCUAUUCCCUUCUUCUUCGGGAUCAUAGGAGACAUCGUCUCUCUCCUGUGUCCUUUCCAAUCCGUCCCAGCCAGGAAAGACAUAUCCACGUCUUCUCUAUUUAUAUGUGUGUUUCAUGCAAAGAUGUGAGUCCAUCCAAAUUACUCAACCACUAUCUUGAGCAUUUUUACUUACCUACCAAUUUAUCGGGGUAGCCUGGUCCUCUUAAUUCAUUUUACCUAAUUCUAUUUUAUAAAUGGCACUGGAAUUUUUGAAAAAUAGGAUUUGUUUGGAUUUUAGGAGCUGUUCUAGUGUGGUGCCUGAGAAAAUCAGGGGGUCCUUCCUCACAGUCUGGAAAUUGGAAGGUCUGUGAGGUCUUAGGCUGUAAAUAGAUGAGCAACCACCUAGAUCCACACUGAAACUUGUGGUUUGCCUAGAAAGAAGACCUGGAACUCUGCACUUGAGAUAAGAGUUGGGCAAAAUUAAUGUGUUGCCCAAAAUGUUCCACCCAAGUAACAAAAAAUGACCAACUAAGUACUAUUGUUGAACCAUGAGUUGUAAAUGUUCAAGUUAUUUAAUAAAAUUUGUAAAAAGCUAA